AUGAAGUUCAUGAUCAGCCUCUUCGCUAUUGCGAUGCUCAUCGCAUCUGCUCUCUCUGUCCCACUGGUCCCUGGGGCCCGGGGUCUUGCUGAGUCUUUUGACUCUUCUCUCUUCUCUGGUUUGCCUUCCGUGCCUCACCUGUCUGGCGGUCCCCUUCUUCGUUCGGACCAUCAGCCUGAGCAAUAUUCCAUCAACUGGGCCGGAGCAUACCUCAACGGAACCGGCUACAAGUCAGUCACUGGCCAAUUCGAAGCUCCUACCAUCAAGUUCCCACCCCACGCUGAUCCCCGGUUCACCUAUUGCGGCUCUGUUUGGGUUGGCAUUGACGGUGCUACUUGCCAUUCCGCCAUCCUGCAGACCGGUAUCGACUACUGCGUCAACAGCACUGCAGUCGUUUACGCCGCUUGGUUUGAAUGGUUUCCUGACCGGAGCCACAGCUUUAAGAACUUCUCCAUCUCCGCCGGCGAUAUCAUCAAGGUCUCAGUCGACGCCACAGCUCUUACCACCGGCUCUGCUGUUGUCGAGAAUCUUUCCAACGGCGAGAUUGUGAGUCACGAAUUUAAGAAGGGUGAGGGAUUGGGCCUCUGCGAGGAGAAUGCCGAAUGGAUCGUUGAGGACUUCACUGCCGGUGACAGCCUUAUGCCUUUUGCCGACUUUGGAAAGAUUACCAUCUCAAACGCCCAUGCUGUCACCGCGGAUGGCAAAGUCUUUGGACCCUCGGAUGCAAUUCCUGUCGACAUUAAGCAAGACAGAAUCCUGACUUCGUCUUCUCGGACCAAGGACAGUGUCACUGUUACCUACGUUGGAUAA